AUGGUUUCAGAGUUAGAUAUGAUGGACAAUGAAAUUAGGCAUGUUGGUAGAUCAGCUAGGGUCAUAGUUGGUGCUUGUGUAGGUUUGGUAGCACAAGGCCAAACCACCCCUUGUGCGAGCACUUUCUUCUCUGCAUUAGUGCAGCUUAUACCUUGUAGGACAGCAGUUGCACCUUUUAGCCCACUUCCACCUAGUGAGGCUUGUUGCAAUGCUCUUAAGGCUCUUGGUCAACCAUGUUUAUGUGUUCUUGUCAAUGGCCCUCCAAUUUCUGGGGUAGACCGUAACAUGGCCUUGCAGCUCCCAGAGAAGUGUACCACACAAUUUGAACCAUGUCUCUCUCUCUCACUCUCUGUCUCUUUGUUUUUAUCUGGUCUUGUUAUGUUUUGCUAG